AUGGUAUAUAUGUAUGUAUAUCUUGAUGCCAACAGAUGGAUAAAAACAACAAUCUUAGGAGACGCAAUCAAACACAUGAAACAACUUAAAGAAAAAGUGAAAGAACUUGAAGUGGCUGCUGCUCAACAUAACACUGCAAAGUCUAUGGUGAUGGUUAAGAAAUAUAAAUUGCCAAUGAAUAAUGAUGACAACGGCAACGAUGAUGACAAUGGGAUUAUAUCCAAGUUGAUUGCAGUAGUGGUCAGGCAUGACUUGAGCAUUACUAAUUGCGGUGUCAUACCAUUUGAAAACUUGACCCUAGACAUUACCAUUGUUGCACAGAUGGAAGAGGGCUUUAAGAACAAUGUGAAAGGUUUGGUCAGAAGUCUUCGCUCUGCCCUAGGGUUGAUUGCAUCAGAAUGA